AUGCCAUUGGAGGUCAACGAUUUCAUCCAGCAGUGCCUGGCACGUGCGGUACCGCCGGAUCAGUUUCACCGGCUGUUGAAGGAACUCUCGCGAACAGCACAAUUCGACCUCAAAGAUUUGUCGGGUCUGUAUACCGACGUUUCGCCUGAGUCGGAGUACGGACUUCUACGACUCGAAUACAUUUUGGAGCUGAUCUCCGAGGAAUCGUUCCCUUCGGUGCUUUUUGGGAUUCUGCCCGGCCUGAAGCAAAAAGACCAAUUCUAUACGCUUGCAGCUCUGGCUCAGAAGUCCUGCGGCUCGCAGUUGGAUCACCACAUAUUGUCUGGCUUUGUGGACCACCUGGAAAAAGUACCCUUUGAUACCGACAUAGCCACCGUGUUAGUAACGCUGGUCAAUCAAUGUGGCGAUGAAGCUUUGGCUGCAAGGCUUGCAGAAUACCUUUCUCGCCAUGCACCUCAUUUGACAGUGCUUCUGGACCAGCGUGUUAAAGACGACGUGCAGCCGGGAACUCUGUUGGGAAAUCGACUCAAUGCGAAGCUUGUCCGGCUGAGAAAGCUGCUUUGGCUUUCCCACCAGGUCAAUGUUCGCUAUGUACCUUUGGUGGCUGUUGAGGCUGAGACUCAGUUUGUUAACGAGUUCAAGCAGAUACUAAGAAUCUCUCAGGCGUUAACUGGAUCAACUAACACCAUGAUUGCCUCUGAAUUGCUGACUUCACUCUUUGAAUGCUAUGUGGCGGAUCCAUCGCCGGUGUGGGAAGAAUUCAUUCUAUUCAAGUUCCCAUUGCUAGUCAAACGGUCCCUGAAGACCAACCAGGACACCUUGGAGGAGGUGAUCCACAAUUGCUUUGAAACACUCUCAACAGCCCACAGCCUCAAAGUCGAUCUUAUAAAGUGUCUCAUUAGACUGGAAUUGGUCAAGCAGAGUGCUGCCAAGCGAUUUGGUCUCAUUGCUGAGGAGCCCGUGGAUGCAGUGGAAGACCUGGUGUCGGUCCAUGCAGACUUCACCACGCCCUUGGGGUCCGCUUUCAAAGAACAAUUUGUCGAUGCGAAUCCAGAGUUUGUGGCUUUUGAUGAGGCUGAUCCCCUGAGCCUGGUAGAUCAAAUGGCCUCUGGAUCUGUAUACCAGCGCAGAAACUUUGCCUUGAUGGUAUCCCAUUCGGUGCACCGGUUCAUUCGCGAAAAAGACAGCGCCAGGCUUCACCGAUUAUUGCUGGUUCUCAGCACGAAUCUCAGUGUUUUGUGUCAGGUGGUUCUGGCUACAGGGCCGUACCAGUUCGUUCUGCCGCUGGUGCAGUUCCUAGAAACUUGGGAGCUUGACAAGCAGCGCAACCAGGACCAGGACCAAGACCAGAUGCUCCUUUUUGGUCAGGAAGAAGACGACGAUGUGAACUUCCAGGACUAUUAUACAGACUUUAGUUGUGUCCUUCUGGUGGUAUUCUAUGUUUUUCAGAAGUUUGAUCUGCGGUUGGAGAUGCUGUUAGCGCACUCGGCAUCACAGAAUGCCAGUGCUGACCCCACGUUUGUGUUUGAUUUUCUCAAGAGAUCAAUGGGAUUACCCCAGCCGGCUUCUAGGAGAGAUCUGCAGGAUCCCUCUUCAAAUCUGAACAAAUUGGUCAACGAUUGGAUCAACUCACUGUUUGACUCGGAUGUGGCUGCUUCUGCCAAUGGAGGUGGAAUUUCAGAUGAAUUGAUCAAGUCAUCAUCCAUGCGUGAUUGUUUCAAGGUGAUCCCAGUGGUGUUUCAAGAGGCUAUAAUUGCUCAUACAAAGAGUUUCCUUGGCGACGAACCGCUCAUGAACGGGUUGGAGUACUUUCUUCAGCCAUUCUUGGUGUGUACCAUAGUGGGAAUAUUUGACUUUGUUCGGGAUAGACUAUGGGAGCUCUGCGAUGUUCAGAGUGGUGAGGUUGCACUUAUUCUCAAGCUAGUGCAGUCUCUCGUUGCUCCUGGUACAAAACUCAAAGGAGAGGCUCUUUAUAUGCACAUAUUGGUUCUUGAGACCAGCUCCCGAGACCUGUGCACCUCACUCAGACCUUACAUCUCUGAAAACACAGCUAUCAGGCAACUUGUUGAAAAAUACGACAAGCCGUCGAAUUCGAAUUUGGAGCACUCGUUUUUUUCCCGAAUCAGACACAUCUGCGACGCCGAGGCAGAGACUUGGGAUCUUCGUUCACUAUUCCCUUUGGUGGAGCUGGUGGGUCUCAGUGCUACCAUUGAGGAGUUUCUAACCAGAUGCGCAGGUUUGGGACUCGAUUCGCCUGCUGGAAGUACCAUGUUGGAGAUUGGAUCCAUGGUGUUGGUAAGCUACUUGCUGUGCAAGUGCGGUGCUCUGAACGAUGAGUCCAAGAUCCUGCUCCAACUGGACGAGCUGACCAAACUGUCCUACGAGGAUCUGGAAAAGUGUCUCGUCAAAGACAACCAGUCAAAUGUUUUGAUCGAGGAAGACGAAGCCAAUAAUGGCAGCAAUAACGAUGACGAGGACGACAAGAGCAUCAAGGAAGAUACCUUCGGCAGAAGGGCUUUUGACUCGGGGUUCAUGGGGAUGCUCAAGACCGAGAACGAAAUGGAAGAGGAAGAGCUGGAGAUGACGGGCGUGGUUAAAGAAGAAAGUCCUGUACAAGAAGAGUAUUUUAUCAAGCGUUAUGACCAGAACGUUUUGGAAUUUGUUUUGACAAAAUACGAGGCAUGGAAGGCUGAAGACGAUAUUCUUCAGGAGUCUUUCGAUAAGCUGAUGAUAAAGAUCAUGGGGAAUAGUGGGACGUUUUAA